AUGUCCUCUUCGGCUCCUUCACCGGCAGCAAGCCAGGCUUCAUCAACCAAAAGCGGCUCGUCCAAGUCCCAAAGACGUCCGAAGAGACCAAAUUAUAACUACAUACAUCGGAACCUUUUACCCAUCGAAAUCCACCCGCUCCCUGUUCUUAUUCCUCACAAUCCUCUCUCCUUAGUUGCCAUCGCUCUAUCCUAUCUCGCGCAGAUACUCGCCCCGCCCCCUCGCCCCACGUACAAUGGAUAUUUUUCAUCGGCCACGUCGUCGAUUCAUGUCACAGAUCCAGACACAAUUAGAAAAUUGUGGGAGAUGGGAUUCUUUGGGAAAGGCAGCCUGAGUCGAAGCGAACCAAACUGGCUAGAAAACCUGAAGAGAAGGGGAUUUACUGCAGAAGAGAAUACAACACAACGUCGGCAGGAAAGGAGGCUGCAAAAGCAAGAACGAGCGCGGAAGGAGCAGGAAGAGAUAGACCAGAAACUAUUCGAGGAGUCUGCGCCAAACGGCCACAUGAAUGGCCAUGUCGACGGUGUCCUUGCCGAAAAUAUUCUGAAAACCAAUGCCCGAGAUAUAAGUGACAUUGGCAGUGUUUUAAAGUCGGCCGGUGGAACGGCGACAUCCGAAGUCGAAGAAGACAGGGAGAACAGCUCAAUAGAAGGAUUUGAGGAAUGGAAAAAUGCAAUCGAGGCCAAUGGAAUUCCAACUCCCCCACCGACAUCAACUUCGUCAGAAACGAGUCAAGCCGACGGCCGAUCGGUAAAACGGUUACAGCGAACAAAGACUGUACGAUUCUCGCCAACGAUCGAGGCAAGGGAAUUUGAUCUGAGUUCACCUGUGAUAUCACCAAUCAAAAGCCCAGGGUCAUCAACACUUGAGAAUGUUAUGCCGGAGGAGGUUCCCCGUCAGGAGAAUCAGGAGCAUUUGAACUUGUCGCUUGAGGAGGCUUUCUUCCUAUCAUAUGGGCUUGGGGUGCUCCAGAUUUAUUGCGACGACAGUGAUGCGAUUCUACCACCAACGUCUCUCCUGUCUCUCUUCCGAAGACAUUCAUAUUAUCCUCCACGAUCUCUAUCAAUACCGGCCGAGCCCGACGAUCCCUUUAUGCUGUCUUACGUUGUAUAUCACCACUAUCGUUCUUUGGGCUGGGUUGUGAGGUCCGGAUUGAAGUUUUCUACCGACUACUUGUUGUACAAUCGAGGACCGGCCUUCUCUCACGCCGAGUUUGCCAUUGUCAUUAUCCCAUCGUACAGUCAUUCCCAUUGGACAGAUACGCCAGAGCAAAGAAAAAUGGUUGAAAGUAAGACCAAGAGAACUUGGUGGUGGCUGCAUGGAGUCAAUCGAGUUCAAGCACAAGUUCACAAACAGUUGGUGUUGUGUUAUGUGGAUGUUCCACCUCCAUUUAAAAAUGAGGAGAAGGGGAAAGAUGUGGAUAUUGGUCUCCUGCUUUCUCGAUACAAAAUCCGGGACGUAAACGUAAGGCGCUGGACUCCAAACAGAAGUCGAGAUUGA